AUGUCUGAAUUGAAAAUAGAAAACGAAGAUGCUGAAGUAGUCGAUAAAGAUGAUAAAUUGCAAAACGGGAAAUACACCGAAUUUGAGACUAGCUCAGAUUCAAUUGAUAAAAAGGAAAAAAAAAUUGAUGUCAAAGAUGCUGACGAACUUCUUAAAUUUAUGGACAAAUACGAAUCUACCGUGGAACCACUUACUGAGGAGGAAGAGAAAAAGUUUGUUAAGAAAAACUUCGCUGCUGUAUCUCUAUUAACCAUUCUUGUUACGUUAAUCCUUUUCAUGGAUAAAUCAACAAUCGGUUAUACUACCAUUCUUGGAAUCUAUACAGACACAGGAAUCAGUAAAGGCGACUUUAACAACUUAAAUUCUAUAUUCUACGCUGGGUACCUUAUUGCUCAAUGGCCAUGUCAUAUAUUAAUGCAAAAAUUGCCCUUGGGAAAAUAUCUCGCUGGAAGUAUUUUCUCCUGGGCAAUAAUUGUAGGGUUGACAGGAAUCUGUAAUAAUUAUGGUAGUUUAAUGGCUUGUCGUUUUUUUUUAGGUGCCACCGAAGCCGUGGUGGUUCCUGCUUGUGAGAUUACCCUUGGUAUGUUCCUUACUACGGAGCAACGUGAAAUUGUUCAACCAGUGUUUUGGGCAGCUACAGCAGCAGCACCUUUACUUUCAUCGUUCAUUUCUUUUGGAUUGAUGCAUACGAAUACAUCCACUUAUCCUUGGAGAAUAUUUAUGGCAAUCAAUGCUGGUUUAUCGUUGAUACUUGCCAUAAUUGUCUUACUCCUCUACCCUGAUAACCCUGCUAACGCAAAGUUUCUGUCAACAAAAGAAAAAGUCUAUCUUAUAAAGCAAGUGCAACGGUCAACGGAAUCAUCAAUUGAACAGAAGACAAUCAAAAAAUAUCAAAUUUAUGAAACAUUCAAAGAUCCAGUUUCAUGGUUGUUCUUUUUCCAAAGUUUUACUCUUAUGCUGUCAAAUUCAUUGACAUACCAACAGAACCAAUUGUAUGUUGAUAUCGGUGUCGACAACCUAGGAUCUUCAUUGGUUUCUGCGGCUGGGAGUGUUUGGGACAUUCUACUGUACUUGAUAUUCGCUUUUGUUAUCCUCAACUAUCCAAAUCAAAGUGGUUAUAUUGCAGCCGGUUGUCUGAUUCUACCAAUUGCGUCCAGUAUUGCGAUGGUUACAAUAGAUUGGUCCAACAAAUAUGCGUUGUUAGCCUGUAUGAUCUUAGCCGGCUCCUCAAAGGGUAUCACAUACAUUAUUGCUUUGGGAUGGACGACAUCAUCUGCAGCCGGUUAUACCAAGAAACUCUACAGGAACGUAAUGUUUAUGUUGGCAUAUGGCGCUGCAAACAUCAUUUCUCCUCAACUCUGGAAUCCAAAGGAUGCCCCAAGAUACUAUCCAUCCUGGAUUAUUCAAAUUGUGGUUUCAUUCUUCCUUAAUAUUGUUAUUUUGUUAACAAUCAGAUACAUUUUGGCGAAAAGGAACAAAGAAAGGUAUCAAUGGGUUCAAGAACAUCCAGAAGACAACUUUGGUAUUGUUUCUUUCACAGAAGGAGUCAACGAAAGAGUUAAUCUAGCCAUGCUAGAUCUUACCGAUUUUGAAAACAAAAGAUUUAUCUACCCACUAUGA